AUGGCGAUGGUUUCGUACAAAAGUUCGUCGUUUCGUCGUAUGCGAUCAUUUUACUCGAGGUAUUUUGGUGGCGAUUUUGGUCAAUACCCUCAGUAUGGGUGUAGAAUAUCAUCAGCAGCCAGAAAUCCUCACCACCAUUCUGGAAUACUCCAAUCUCUUCUUUACGGGUCUAUUUGCAUUCGAAAUGCUUUUAAAGAUUCUCGCCGAUGGUCUGUUCGGAUAUCUGUCAGAUGGCUUCAAUCUGUUGAUGGGCGGAAUCGUGGCGCUCAGGUUCAGUACUUCAUAGCAUUCUAUUCCAAGCCAUUCUCAUUGCUAGUUGGCAAAAUCGAUCCAGAACUCCUUCGAGAAAUGCAAAGUGUUCCAAAUGCGAUUUUCAGCGUACUGGAGUUAUUCCAAGAGGGUAAAGGAGGACUGUCAGUGCUUCGUACAUUUCGUUUAUUGCGAAUUCUUAAACUCGUCCGAUUUAUGCCAGCUCUUCGUUAUCAAUUGGUUGUGAUGCUACGAACUAUGGAUAACGUUACUGUAUUCUUUGGUCUACUUGUACUAUUCAUAUUCAUCUUUAGGUGA